AUGGGCCCCAAGGAUUUGAAAAAGCGCAAAAUUGUUGCCGGGCCUAAAGUUGAGGAGGUCAAUUUCGACAGCGAGUCCCGACAGGAAUGGUUGACUGGGUUUCACAAACGCAAGGUGCAACGCGCUAAGCAUGCGCAAGAAAAUGCUGCCAAGAGAUACAAAGAGGAGAAGAGAGAAGCACGAAAAAAGAUUCGAGAGGAUCGCAAGAAAGACUUCGAACAGGCAAUGGCGGAGCAUAAAGCAGUACUCAAGCGCAUGAAGGAGGACGCCGGGGAUCUCGGCGAAAUGGAAGGCGAGAAAGAGGAGGAAGAUUGGGAGGGAAUUGAAGAGCCUCCAGCGGUGGACUACGAAGCCGAGUACAUCGAUGAGGACAAAUACACAACAGUCACGGUUGAAGAAAUGGAUGCAUCCCGUGAGGGUCUGCUCAAGGCUGCCAAGGGGGAGGACUCAGAGAAUGAGGAAGAGAAAAAAUAUCCGGUCGAGUCGGAGGCCGACACAAAGGCUAAGAAGAGAAAGCCCCGGAGUGCAGCCUCAGAAGCAGCCAGGAAGAAGAAGAGGAACUUCCGCUACGAGACCAAGGUUGAGCGCAGGCAAACAAUGUUAAAGCAACGGUCUGUGAAAGCAAAGAAAGCGAAGGCGCGAAAGGGGGCAGAGGAAUGA